AUGAUGCUGCAACUGCGAUUCGCUCGCAAGCGAUUGCGAAAGGCAAGGUCGGAACUAAUUUCCAUGUGGCUGCUUAAGUACAACAGAUGUGUGUCGAAACUCAAGAAACGUCUGCUGGACAAAAGUCAGGUGGAACUCGAACGCCGAAAGACUCAGGCCAAACUUCAGCCGCUUCCCGACGAUUCCACCAGUGUGCUGUUCCGCGAGACGCUUUCCGAUAGCGAGAACUUUGACUACCGCUUACUGGAUGAAGUACAGUUCGCUAAAUCGGUUGAUAAGAUCACUCUUUUGGAAAACCACGUAAUCGAUCAGUUCUACAUACGCAGACGUUCGUCAGGAUCGUUUCGAUCGAGUUUUCGCUCGAACGCAUGA